GUUCUCGACUCGAUCUGAGCACGCAGCGACCACCGACACCGUUCCUUCGCCCCAAGGAGUGCACUGCCGACCAGAAUUGCGGCCAUGGACGUGUUUAAACUGCUGGGUGCUGGUGCCAGAUUUGACCGCAAGCGGUUCAAGGACGAUCUGGGCGUCUUCCAGAAGAGAGCGCCUGGGGCCUCUGCUAGCUCAUCGACAAUCGCAUCCGAAAGUGUAGCCGAUGAGCUUGAUUUCUUCAAGAUCAACGAAAAGGUCGAUGAGGGCACCUCUGCACCCUCAGCGGCCGCCAAAAAGCGCAAGGCUGACGACGGUGACGGCGACGACGAGCAUAGCUUUGAGACGAAGCACGAUGACUCGGCAACCCAUGCGGACGAUGACGAGCAGGACGAGCAGGACGAGCAGUCCAGCAGCAAGAAGCACAAGCCCGAUGUAUCUCAGCUCGUCACAAAGGAGGAGGUCAACGCCUUCCGAAAAGAGCACAAAAUCAAAGUUUACGGCAGCGAUGUGCCAACCCCGUUCAGGACCUUCAAGGAGCUCAGCGUGAGAUUCAAGUUCCGUCGCUAUCUUCAACAAAAUCUGGAGGACGGGCAAUACAAUGCCCCAACACCGAUCCAGAUGCAAGCGAUACCGAUAAUGUGCCAUGGCCGCGAAGUGAUGGCGUGCGCCCCCACGGGAUCCGGUAAAACUCUGGCUUUCAUUCUGCCGAUCCUGCAUGAUCUCAAAGGCCCAGCCAAGGAGGGCUUCCGCGCCGUGAUUGUCUCGCCGACUCGAGAACUCGCACAACAGAUAUAUCGAGAAAUGAAGAAGCUAGCCAAAGGAAAGCCAUUCAAGAUCUGUGUGCUCAGCAAAGCCACGAAUGCUACAAACGAUUCGAUUGCUGCCCAGCUGCAGAACUUUGAUGUCCUGAUCAGCACACCAAUGCGCCUCGUGAAUGCCAUCCAGUCCAAUUCCAUUAAUCUUUCAAAGGUGCAGCAUCUGGUCCUCGAUGAGGCAGAUAAGCUUCUUGAUCUCGGGUUUCUUGAGCAGGUGGACGAAGUCUUUGCUGCAUGCACCUCUCCAAAUCUCAAAAAGCAUCUGUUCAGUGCCACGAUCCCAUCAGGCAUUGAGGCUCUGGCAAAGACAGUCAUGCACGAUCCGAUCCGAAUCGUUAUCGGCCAAAAGAACGCGGCCACCGAGAUCAUCAAUCAGCAGCUGCUCUAUGUCGGGCAGGAGGAGGGCAAGCUGAUUGCUAUACGCCAGCUAGUUCAGAAAGGCAUCAAGCCACCCGUUUUGAUCUUUGUUCAAUCCAUCGAUCGUGCUCGGGAGUUGUUCCAUGAGCUCGUCUACGACGGCAUCAAUAUUGAUGUGAUUCACUCCGAGCGCACAAAAGCACAGAGAGAUACCAUCGUCCAAAACUUCCGACUUGGCAAGAUCUGGGUUCUCAUUGCCACUGAGCUGAUGGCCCGUGGUAUCGACUUCAAGGGUGUCAAUCUUGUCAUCAACUACGACUUUCCGCAAACAGUGCAAAGCUACAUUCAUCGAAUCGGUCGAACAGGUCGUGCUGGCCGACCGGGCGAGGCUGUUACCUACUUUACAAAGGAGGAUGCGCCGUACCUCAAGAGCAUCGUCAAUGUUAUGCGCGAGUCUGGCUGUGAGGUUCCCGAGUGGAUGCUCAAGCUCAAGAAUCCAAGCAAAAACGCAAAGAAGGAGCUGAAGAAGAAGCCGAUCGAGCGUGACCAAAUCAAGACCGUGACGAAGCGCGACGAGCGACAGGCUAAUAAGAAAAGGGAGAUGGUCGAGGCCUCGAAGCGGAGAAAGAAGGCUCCACGUGAGCCCAAAGCCCCCAGCGAAUGAGCAAUGGAUCCAGUGCAGCCGGUGCUAGAGCACGCUGUAUGCCGCCGUGCGUAGCGGUAAACCUACAUGACCGAGAAUCCUCGGCAGCACCCACGAAGCGAUGAGUCAGCCUGGUUGGAUGCCGAUGGACAUUUCUUCUGGCUCCUGAAUAUACACCGUACGCUACCCUA